AUGGACGCAAUUAAAAACUUAAGUACGAAGAAAGGCCGUACAGAACUGCUGAAACAAGAGGUUGAAACACUUGAUAGGCAAAUCACUCAGUUGUACCGAUUAGUGCCGAAGCCGACUAAAAAGCCUACACCGCAACAGAACACUGCAUCGACACCUACUAAAGUACCGGUGCCUGCCAAGAAGACUGCAUCGACACCUAGUAAAAUACCGGUGCCUGCCAAGAACACUGCAUCGACACCUAGUAAAACACCGGUGCCUACCAAGGACACUUCAUCAAAACCAAGUAACAUACCGGCUGAGUUCAUGUGUGAAACGGUUCGCGAGUUUGAUGCAACCUAUCGAGCAGUUGAAAAACGAGCAGGAAAGAAAAAACCAUUCAGAAUGGCAGCCAAGAAUGGAGUGAUUCCGUUUAAUUCAUCCAGUUUUCUAGUUGAAGAGGAACCAGUUGCUGUUGAAGAAAAUCCCAAUCGCAAUGUCCGCGAUAAGAAUCUCGGGCACUUCAGCACGGUCCGGCCAACAAAGGAUUAUCUUGCAUUGAGGGCAGCGCAAGCCCGCGCCUAUAACAACUCAGGGAGAAACAUAAUGGAAGCGAUCCGAGAGCAGCUGGAAGCGAGGCGCCCAGCGGUUGUUGGACGCUUGGUCAACAGUCCUACCAGCAAGAAACCUUCGCAACAGCAGGAUUCUUCUUGA